AUGAGUGAAAUUCGACUGAUAUUCACUGUAAUUCAUUUACUUCUCGUAGUUCUUGGAGUUGUCAACAUUCUUCUUAUUGUCUUAAUUGCAACAAAACAUUACCUAAGAUCAAUUACAAACGUUUAUAUGUUAUGUCUUUGCUUAGCGGAUUUUGUCUAUUUGACGGCUCUAUCACUUGUUGCCACCACAGCUCUUAAUAAUCGAAGUUGGCCCUUUGGCCAAGUUGUAUGUUCAUUAUACUAUGGAGCUGAGACUACAGCCAAGUAUGCCUCAGUGUUGUUUAUUACAUUAUUAGCUGCUGACCGAUAUUUUGCUAUUUGUAAAAGUGAAGUUGCCAGAGGAUACAGAAACUACCAUACAGCUAUUGGGCUAAGUGUUUCUGCAUGGAUUUGUGGUGUAGUCUUCAGUUUUCCCUUAUAUUAUUAUGCAGAGACGAAACUUUACCGAGUGAAUGGAACUGAAGGGAUUGUAGAUCAUUACGCCUGCACAGUAGCCUGGCCCGAUCCACAUACAUCAGUCUAUUAUAUUAUUGCCUGCUCAAUUCUUAUUUAUAUAGUACCUGCAGUAAUUGUAACAUUCUGUUAUACGAGGGUUUAUAUUAAAUUACGAGAGCAUAUACGGGGGUCUCGUCGUCUCGUUCGUCAGAACUCAUCUAGAUAUCGAAGGGUAACAGUAAUGGUUCAACGAGUUGUUCUUUUCCAUGUUAUUUGCUGGACUCCUUUUUGGGUUUUCAACCUUCUGUCCAUCGUUUUGGGUAUUCGUGCGAGCACAUCAUUUUUGAAAAUUUUCUUUAAUAUACUCCAUUUACUUCCAUAUAUAAACUGUGCCAUCAAUCCAUUUCUCUAUGCUCAUAGUGCAGAAAAUUUCCGAAGAGCUUUUCGCGAAAUAGUUUUUUGCCCAUUCAGAAGAAAUGGCAUGACGUCCGGCAAUUCUGCCCUAGAAGCAAGAAGCACCAAUUGUAGGGCGACGAACAGUCGUCUCGAAACAUCAAAUGCAUUAUUGAAUGCAGAUGGCCGUAACGUAAUCGUUCCCGUGGAAUCGCUGUCCAUAUAUGUCGCUGAAGCUGAAACGACUCAUAAUGAAUCUGGUGAAGAGAACAAGGAUGUGUGGGUGGUAUCGACAACUUGA